AUGCCUCCUUCCUCUGUAGCAGCUCAUGUUGUCGGUCUUGGUGGUGUAGUCGGUGGCUCAAAAACAAACCCUGGAGGCAAUGCCAGCAAUAAUACGAUCGACAGCAGCAACACGAAUGCAAAUGACAACACUUCAUCGAGCCGAAAGAUGCUCCCACCUGUCGGUGGCUCGCUGCGUCACAACCCUUAUGGUCGAUCGUUAGUGUUGUCAGGAUCAGGACGGCAACCUAGAACAUCGUCCAACAACAACGAUACAGCGCAAAUGUUCCAAAUUGGGCGUGCCCUGACGCCUCGAGAAUGGUGUCUGGACGACUUUGAGCUCGCACGACCCUUGGGCAAAGGACAGUUUGGUCGCGUAUAUCUGAUGCGGGAGCGGCAGUCUGGAUUUGUGGUCGCCAUGAAGGUGAUGCUGAAAUCGGAGCUGCUGAAGGCAAACAUGGAACAUCAACUUCGUCGUGAGAUUGAUAUUCAGUCAAACCUCAAACACAAACAUAUUCUGCGUCUGGAUACGUUCUUUCACGACAAGACACGGGUGUGCCUUGUACUAGAGUAUGCGCCGCAAGGAGAGCUCUACAAGAAACUGAAGAAAAUGACAAAGUUCCCAGAGUGGCAGGCAUCCAAGUACAUCUACGAAUUAGCAACGGCUCUUGCAUACCUUCAUCGCAAGCAUGUAAUCCAUCGCGAUAUUAAGCCGGAGAAUCUGUUGCUUGGCACCCAUGGCGAACUUAAGAUUUCCGACUUUGGUUGGUCUGUACAUGCGCCAUCAUCUCGACGAUCGACCUUCUGUGGAACUCUGGACUAUUUGGCGCCGGAGAUGGUGGAAGGUCGCGACCAUUCCAAUCAGGUGGAUCUCUGGUCUCUGGGUGUUUUGUGCUACGAGUUCCUGGUAGGACGACCACCAUUUGAAGUACUAGACGGGGGCCGGACUUCGACCUAUUUGAAGAUUGUCAAGGUGGACCUGUAUAUCCCUGAGUCUGUCAGCAAUGAAGCCAAGGAUUUGAUACUCAAGCUACUGCGAUACAGACCGGAUCAGCGUCUGGCCCUUGACCGUGUACUGCUUCAUCCAUGGAUCACUCGACAUAAUGGUACUCGCAGCAGCAGCAGCAGCAGCAGCCGAGGCUUUUAG